AUCAAAGCUGGGCCUGAGAUGGUGCAUCUCUUCGUUCAGGCUGAGCCUCCGUUGUUUAUUUUCUAAGAGUUGCCUAUGUGCCCAUUGUGGUUGUAUUUCUUAAUAUGAUACCAAUUAGAUAACAAUGUGAAUUGACAAAUUUGUCGCCAUAUGGCGAAGAAUUUCUUGCAAUUUGUGGAGAUCUAAUACUACUGUGAAUGACACACGAAUGAAAGGAGCGCGCGCUGACUGACGGCAGAGUACUCUCUAGAAUUAGCCUAGCUAGCUAAAAGGCUAGCUAUACAUUUUGCAGGAAGAAGUUUUUCAUAGCACGACAGACUUGAAGACACGCCUUAAUAUUAGUCAGAAACUGAGCGGAGAUCAGAAGAAUGUCCAUCACAAACACCCCAACGAGCAACGACGCCUGCCUCAGCAUUGUGCACAGUUUGAUGUGCCACAGACAAGGCGGCGAGAGCGAGGCAUUCUCCAAGAGAGCGAUCGAGAGCCUGGUGAAGAAGCUGAAAGAAAAGAAGGAUGAGUUGGACUCUCUCAUCACGGCCAUCACCACCAAUGGAGCGCAUCCCACCAAGUGCGUUACUAUACAACGCACCCUUGACGGCCGACUUCAGGUAGCUGGACGGAAAGGCUUUCCUCACGUGAUUUACGCUCGCCUCUGGCGCUGGCCAGAUCUUCACAAGAACGAGUUGAAGCAUGUGAAGUAUUGCCAGUAUGCCUUUGACCUGAAGACAGACAAUGUGUGUGUGAACCCCUAUCACUAUGAGCGAGUGGUGUCUCCCGGAAUUGAUCUCUCAUCAUUGACUCUAGGUUCUGGCCCCUCUGGGCUUAUAGUGAAGGAUGAGUACGAUUAUGAGGGCCAGUUGUCCGUACCCAGCUCUGAGAGUCACCUCCAGACCAUCCAGCAUCCCCCGUCACGGCCCGUGACCCAGGAACCUUUCAGCACUCCGGCUCUCCUGCCUCCAGGCGAGGCCCCCAGCGCAGCCUCCACAUCCAGUGCCUUCUCCAGCAUCUCUGCAGGAUCUACAAACGCCACCCCCACCUGGAGCAGAAACAACAGCUUCAGCAGCCCCACCGUGCCCCAUCCCCAGAACGGCCACGUGCAGCACCACCCUCCCAUGCCCCACCCGGGCCACUACUGGCUGGUUCAGAAUGACAUUGCAUUUCAGCUCCCAAUAUCCAACCAUCCAGCUCCUGAAUACUGGUGCUCCAUAGCAUACUUUGAGAUGGACGUUCAGGUGGGAGAGACGUUUAAGGUGCCCUCUACCUGCCCUGUGGUGACGGUGGAUGGCUAUGUUGACCCCUCGGGAGGAGAUCGCUUCUGCCUGGGCCAGCUGAGCAACGUCCACCGCACAGAGGCCAUAGAAAGAGCCCGGCUGCACAUUGGCAAGGGCGUGCAGCUCGAGUGUAAAGGGGAAGGAGACGUGUGGGUGCGCUGCCUUAGCGACCACGCUGUCUUCGUGCAGAGCUACUACCUGGACAGGGAGGCUGGCCGAGCGCCGGGGGACGCCGUGCACAAGAUCUACCCCAGCGCCUACAUAAAGGUCUUUGACUUGCGGCAGUGCCACAGGCAGAUGCAGCAGCAGGCGGCCACGGCACAGGCAGCAGCGGCGGCGCAGGCGGCGGCCGUCGCGGGGAACAUUCCGGGCCCAGGCUCCGUGGGGGGCAUUGCUCCUGCCAUUAGUCUGUCUGCUGCAGCGGGCAUCGGUGUAGACGACCUGCGGCGCCUGUGCAUCCUGCGCAUGAGCUUCGUGAAGGGCUGGGGGCCCGACUACCCUCGCCAGAGCAUCAAGGAGACGCCCUGCUGGAUCGAGAUCCACCUGCACCGAGCCCUGCAGCUGCUGGACGAGGUGCUGCACACCAUGCCCAUCGCCGACCCCCAGCCUCUGGACUGACAGCCGCCCACCUCCCCAUCCCUCCUCUCCGCAUCCGUUAGGCCACCAUCAGGUCCUUGACUAACUCCUCAGCUCCUCCAGAGACUGACUGACCCGUCAAACUGUGGGCUAACCUCCAGCUACGUAGAGUUAGUGGAGUUGAACAAAAACUUUAAAAUGUAAAGGGAUAACCACCAACAGCACUGUGAGCGAGCUAGAAGACAAACCGCUCAUUCAGAUCACUUGUUCUCAUUUGGGAAAGCAGGAACCCUGAGUAUUACAAUCAAAUGUAUUAUAUGCUUUUUUUUCUAUUUUUUUUUUUAUACAAGAAGCCAGCUAUGGAGAAUUUUCAUCAUGAUGACUGUUUAUUUGGGUAUCUCUUCAUCUUCUUACAGAGGUUCUUUCACCUCUUCAUCUUUCGUCUGGACAUCCCUUAAAAAUGGCUCUUUUGAUGACCAGGGAGGGAGAAUUCACUUAUACCUAUAGAAAAGUCCUCUUAAGGUUUUACAGCGCUAAGAUGGCUUGGAAUUGCAUGGAAUUCUUUUUAAAUCUUGUUUGCAAAAAUGGAGGGAUAGUAGCUUCUGCCUGUGUAUCAGAGUUAUAACAGAAAUCAGAAGUGUGUGUAUGUGUGUGCGUGUGUGUGUGCAUGUUUUUACCAAAAUAAGGACAUUUAGGACGAAUCUGAGAAUACUUUUAACAAAGUCUUAGAAAAUCACCCAAUCAUACAUCAGGUUUUCAGUAUACUGUAGCUCCCAGCACAGACAAUUAUUUUAUAGUUUUAUUUUUUGUGGGGUAAGCUUGUGUGCUUGUGCCUGCAUGUGUGUGUGCGCGUCAUCCAGCAAACAAUUCUCAACAGGAGUUUCAUUAAUUAGCAUCGUUCACCAUGCUGGAUUCUCAUACCGUGUGGUGAUUACAUUGAUCCAUGGACUGGGGAAAACACUCCAAUCAAUUUAAAUCUCACGGUUCCUCCACACACACUCCGCCCCAGCAGAGGAAUACCGCUCUGUCACUCGUGAACAUUUGACUUUCUAUCUUUUUUUAGAUGGUUACUGUCUAGGUUUGUAAUAGCACUUUAUCCUUUGUAUUGUAUUACUCUCCAGUGUCAACUUUUGGCUUGUAAAUAGUCUUAUAAUAAAGACAUGCCAUGCCUCUCCUAGUCUGAAGCCUUU